AUGGAAGAGGCCAUCCCAACAAAAGUGUUAAAUCGUAAAAUGUACAAAGAAAGAAAAUCAAGUCAGGGUGAAAUGGCUAAUUUGGUGGAAGGAUUCGGGAUAAGAAAUCAUGGAAAAGGACAGAAAAGAAAUCAUGAAAAAGGGCAGAAAAUUCAUGGAAGAAGUCAGGAAAAAAAGAAAGAAAUAGAACGAGCCAGAGAGAAGCGAGCAGUCAAUGUACCCAAGGAAGUCGAUUCCUACAGCACCUUUAAAUCAUGCCAACAGCAGAUAGAGUUCAUGAAUAUCCGAGAAGAUUACGUAAAAGAUGAUCAAAAGAAUCUAAGGCGAGAGUUACUCCGUGGAAAGGAAGAACUCAGGCGGAUUCAGUCGGUGCCGCUUGAAGUAGGCCAGUUUAUAAACAUGGUUGAUGAAAAUAAUGCCAUUGUUAAGUCCAACACUGAUACGAACUAUUUGGUUAGGGUUUCGAGUACGGUUAAUAGGGAGUUGUUGACGCCAUCAGCUUCCGUUGCACUGCAUCGUCACUCGCAUGCUCUUGUUGAUGUUUUGCCUACGCAAGCUGAUUCGGGAAUAUCCCUUCUUAGCCACAAUGAGAAGCCUGAUGUCAAUUAUAAUGAUAUUGGGGGAUGUGACAUCCAGAAGCAGGAAAUCCAUGAGGCGGUUGAGUUGCCACUGACUCACCCUGACCUCUACAAACAAAUAGGAAUUGAUGCACCUCGGGGUGUUUUGCUGUAUGGUCCCCCUGGAACUGGAAAAACUAUGCUGGCCAAGGCUGUUGCUAAUAAUACAACAGCAGCCUUCAUUAGAGUCAAUGGCUCUGAGUUUGUUCAGAAAUAUCUCGGCGAAGGCCCCCGAAUGGUUCGCGAUAUUUUUAGGCUUGCAAAAGAGAAUGCUCCUGCAAUUAUCUUUAUUGAUGAGGUUGAUGCUAUUGCUACUGCUAGGUUCGAUUCUCAAAUAGGUGUCGAUAGAGAAGUUCAGCGAAUCCUGAUGGAAAUCUUGAGUCAGAUGGAUGGGUUCGACCAGACAGUAAAUGUUAAGGUCAUAAUGGCAACCAAUCGGGCAGACACAUUGGACCCUGCACUUCUUCGUCCCGGAAGACUUGACAGAAAAAUUGAAUUUGCUUUGCCUGAUAGACGGCAAAAGAGGCUUAUUUUCCAGGUUUGCACUGCUCAAAUGAAUCUGAGUGAUGAGGUAGACUUGGAGGAUUAUGUUUCUCGACCUGAUAAAAUUAGUUCUGCUGAGAUUACAGCUAUUUGUCAAGAAGCCGCCAUGCUUGCAGUGCGCAAGAACAGGUAUGUCAUACUUCCCAAGGAUUUUGAGAAAGGGUACCGAACCAAUGUGAAGAAAUCGGAAGCUAACUUCGACUUCUACAACUAA